AUGGUUAUUUUGUAUGUCGUGAAUGUAACAAGAAAUACCAACGGAAAAGUUCCGUACAACGACAUCAGAAAUACGAAGUUCGAGAGGAUGGCAUUUAAACUUGAUACUUUCAUCAGAAAAGUUAAAAGGUUGGAACAACAUAUGUUACUGAACAAAAACGAUGAGAAAGAUGUAAUUUCCUUUGAUAACUUCGAUAACAUUUUUCCGAUAAAUUCCAAAGACGAACUGAAGAUUUUUGACACCCGAUUAGAAAUGGAAGAGGGAUUUUAUAAAAAAAUAGAACAGCCCAUUUUAAAUUUAGCUUUGUCAUUAGUUCCAUCACAAUUAUUUUUAGUUAAUACAAUUAUUUUUUUAGAGCAAUACACUUGCAUUCAAUGCGGUAGGUCUUACAACCGAAAAUCUAACCUAAAAAGACAUUUACGUGUCGAAUGUGGAAGAGACCCUUUGGUAAAAUGCCACAUCUGCAACGCUAAUUUUAAAUAUUUCCACGUUCUGAGACGCCAUCUCAACUUCGUUCACGGUCUUCAAUCCAAAGACGUCGAAGAAAAUAUGGUGGCCAAUAUAUUGGGAAGAAGAUCAGACGAUGGAGAGUUUAUAAGUAUACCGAAAAACUGGCGAAUCCUCAAAUCCGCUCUGCUGCAACCUAAAUACUCUCCGAGCAAGGAAGAGAACCACCUCCAAGCGCACCAAGUGGGUUCGGGCUUCGUUUGCGGUAACUGCGGAAGAACCUACAAGCUUAAGAGCUCCUUGAGGAACCACAGGAAGUGGGAGUGCGGUAAAGACCCGCAAUUCUCCUGUCCGUUCUGCGAAUACAAAGCGAAGCAAAAGAUGCAUAUCAAUAGGCACAUCGAUAGGAUGCACAAGAAGGAAAUAUCGACCGUUGCUUACGAUGACAUAGAAAAUGAAAAGUCGAUGGAUAAAGGGUGGAUGAAUAUGAGUGGAGGGAGUAUAAUCGGCGAUGGUUCUUUUGAGAAAAACGGGGAUGUUUUAAAGGAGAAGGUUAUGGAUAAAUAG